UUAAAAAAUGGCAAGCGACAAUAACUUUCAAAGUGCAAACAAAGUAAUAGUGAGCCUAGACAACAGUGAAAAUAGUGGAAUAGGAGAGAGUGGGAGGAAAAGAGAAGAAAACGGUGACAGAAAGAGAGAAGAGAUGAAUGGAUCAGCUGAUCUGCUGUGCGUGCCGCGGACUGGGCAUCGCCUCUCCUUCAUGGAGGUGGAGAGUUUCAAGGAGAAGUCUCGAUUGAAUCUGCUAAAACAGAUCUCUGCCAUUCUGAAACAGAGAGAGCAGAAGUACAAUAAGGAGGCGCUACAUAAGGCUUUUCAAGAUGAGGAUCUUCUCGAGAGGAUAUUUCGUUUAUUUGACGUGGAAAGACAAGAUUUUCUGGUGCAGGAGGACUGGAUUGAGUUCCUAAAGGAGAGGUUAACAGAUGAGAAGCAACAAGACUUCGUGGAGCAAAUUGAAAGCGUGGCCUAUGUGGUCUGCGGAGAGAAUGUUAUCACAGUUGAAAGUUUUCAACUGAUACUAAAGAACAAAGUGGUUACGAAUAAGUUGCUACGAGUGGUGGACACAGGAGGUGACGGCUCUGUCACAGCUGACGAUAUCAUGGAGUUCAUAUCAGCGAUUUCCAGUUGCAGACCGCGAGUGGGAAUAGACAAACCGAGUGUAGACAGACUAGAGCAGCUGUUUCAACAGACAGUUGGUGACCAGAAGGAAAUAACAAGAGAGCAGUUUCAGAAAAUUGUCGUUUCUAAAAAUCCAUUUUUCACGGAGAGAGUAUUUCAAAUCUUCGACGAAGACAACUCUGGUACAAUCUCGCAUCAGGAGUUCAUAGCGGCAGUCCAUCGCUUCGGAAGACAGACUCCUGAAGACAAAAUACGGUUCCUGUUCAAAGUUUAUGACUUAGAUGGCGAUGGGUUAAUCCAGCAUCGAGAGCUACAGCACGUGAUGCGGGCGUGCAUGGAGGAGAACGGCAUGCAGUUCAGUGAUGACCAGCUCAUGGACCUCACUGGUGCGAUGUUCGAAGACGCGGACGUUGAGGGUCGGGGUGCUAUUACGUACGAGGGGCUGAGGGACCAACUGAACAAACACGAGGGACUGCUUGAAAACCUUUCGAUAACUAUAGAUCGCUGGCUAGUUCCACCUCCGCCAAAACCGAAGCCAAAAUCCUUCCCCCAGAGGCUAGCCAAAAUGAAGCCAUACCAACUGUCGUUACCUUACUUCAGGAACAACUACGUCUUCGUCAGCUACUUAUUUGUCUUCUUCAUCAUCAACUUCGGUCUAUUCGUGGCGAGGAUAGUGGAGUACUGGAAUUCCAAUGUUUUUGUCAUCUUUGCAAGAGCGUGUGGUCAAUGUCUAAACUUCAACUGCACAUGGGCGUUAGUCCUGAUGCUAAGGCGUUGUAUCACAUCUCUCCGGACGCGCGGGCUGGGGGAAGUCCUGCCGCUGGACCACCACGUCUACCUCCAUAAGAUCACCGGAGUCCUGAUUGUGAUUUACAGUGUGAUACACACUAUCAUGCACUUGUGUAACUUCAGUCUCGUAGUAGUGAACGACCCGGUGCUGAACGCUCGGAACUGGACGACGUGGGAGUGGGUGUGCACUUCGCGGCCGGGGCUGUUCGGGCUGUGCGGCGGCUGCGCCAACCCCAGCGGCAUUGUGCUGCUGGCUGCCCUCAUCGCGCUUGCAGCUGCUAGCAGACCUAAGCUGAGAGCUGGAGGGUAUUUUGAGGUGUUCUAUUUCACCCAUCUUCUGUACAUCCCUUUCUAUGUGAUUCUCAUCAUACACGCUCCGAACUUCUGGAAGUGGUUCAUCGGACCUGGGACUAUUUACAUCAUCGAGAGGAUCGUCAGGCUUAACUGGAUGAGAUCAGAAAAGGGCAAAACCUAUAUCGCAUCAGGCAUACUCCUGCCUUCUCGAGUCACUCACCUGGUCAUCAAGCGACCUCCGCUGUUCGACUUCCAGGCAGGAGACUAUGUGUUCGUCAACAUUCCCGCCAUCGCGGUGUACGAGUGGCAUCCCUUUACCAUCAGCAGUGCGCCGGAGCAAGAAGAUUACCUAUGGCUGCACAUUCGUGGGGUUGGAGAGUGGACGAAUCGGCUUUAUUCAUACUUUGAAGAACAACAGCAACGUCUACAUGGCAAUGAAGAAGAACAUGCGAACUUGGUGAAGACCAUAUCCAAUCAGAGCAAUAAGAGCAAGCGGAAUGGAUCCAUAGCAAGCGCCAAGAAGAGAUCGGUGGAGUUCUCACCAGUAUCGUUCACUAACACAGCAUUCAAUAUGGAAGAUGAAAAACCCAUGGAGGCGUCAGACACUCCUGCGAAGCCAGCGCGAUCUGCAUUUCUGUCUCCGUUGAGAAUACUAGAAAAAUCUCGCUCAGUGCCCGAUAUGAGGAAGAACAUAAAAAAAUCAGAAAAUAAACUUACCCUAGCUGAGUGUCACCGGUGGGAAUCUGAGCGCGAGCUGGUGGAACCACGGCGGGGGCGGCGGGUGGCGCGCGGGGGAGAGGGGGCGCUGGCUCAGAGCUUCCGAUACAUGAGGACCAAGCCCACCGUGUUGGACUUCGCACCCCCAGUACCUGAGAUACGACGCCGGUCUAAUGAGAGUAUAUUGAGCAUAGCUAGACGUCGUCUAUCGAAAGGCUUGACACCGGAAAAGGAUGUGGAGUCAGUAGUAGUAGCUCCGGACCCUGCGAUAAUAGAGUCCACCAGUGACGAACAUCUAGACUAUCCCGUCGGAAGACCACUAGAGAUCUACCUCGACGGUCCUUACGGUGCAGCAUCCUCCAGGAUGUUCCGGGCGCAGCACGCGGUGCUCAUAGCGGCUGGUAUCGGUGUGACGCCCUUCGCGUCGGUGUUACAGGCCAUCAUGUUCCGGUACAGGAGCGCACGCUCCACCUGCCCCAAGUGCGAGCACUCCUGGACUAAGGAGCUGCCACAUCAUAAUAUGAGUUUGCGGAAGGUGGAUUUCUUCUGGAUAAACCGGGAGCAGCGCUCGUUCGAGUGGUUCGUGUCCCUCCUCUCGCAGCUGGAGAUGGAGCAGGCGGAGGGGGGCGGGGAGCGGUUCCUGGAGCUGCACAUGUUCGUGACCAGUGCGCUACAGCGAGCCGACAUGCGUGCUGUUGGCCUUCAGCUGGCUUUGGAUCUGUUGCAUCAAAAGGAGAAACGCGACUUGAUCACCGGCUUGAAGACCAGAACGAACGCUGGUCGUCCCAACUGGGACAAGGUGUUCCAGCGGCUUCAGGAGCAGAGGAAGGGCAAGGUCACGGUCUUCUACUGCGGACCCCCCCAACUCGCCCGGAUACUGAGGGUCAAAUGCGAUCAAUUCGGCUUCAACUUCUGCAAAGAAGUGUUUUGAUAUUUGGCUUGGAAUUUGACUUUUCUUCAUUCUAAUUGACAACUUUCCUUGUUCUUUAUUGUGAUGUUUUAUUACUUCUAAGCUUCUAAUGCUAUUUUUACUUUCAAAA